CAAAUCGUUUAAAAAUGUUCUAAACAAAAAAUUGCGUUAGAUCUGUAAACAUGGAAUAUAAACUCUAAACUGUAAUGUUUUUUAUUUAAAUUACAAAAAUAAAAUAUAAAAAGCGGAAAAAAUAAAACAAAAAAUUGAAAAAAAAUUGUUUAUGAAGAAGCAUUAGAUAAAACUACAAUGGCUGAUAAAAAGAAAGGAACCGCUGCAGGAGAUGCACCCACAGAAAAAAAGCCAGAAGGAAAAGGUAAAGGGAAAGGGAAAGAAGAACCAUUGCCUCCAGUACCCGAAGAGAUACCGAAGACAGCAUCAGAAAUUGCUAGAGAAGAAGCUGAAUAUAGAGCGAUGUUGCGAAAAACUCGAUUCAAAAAACGAUGGCCUGAAGUUACUAAAGUGCAAAUAACAACGAGACCAUGGAAACCACCGCCACCGCCGGAAAGAUUACCACCGAUUAUAAUAGAACAACCUGAAUUUAAAACAAGAAAAUGGGUCCCUCCAUAUAUGAAACGUCGAAGACGCCGCCCCAGGUUGCCACGGAUACCCGCCGAGGAAAUCACUCAGCCGUUAUACGAAUGUGCGAAAUUGAGAAGAAUAUGGCAUAGCUUUAUGCAAAUAGAGAAAAACAAGAUGAUCCUACAAGGGACUGUAGGUUGUAAUUCUAAAAAGUAUUCAUCAACUGCUUGCGGCUCUCAAACGGGUUGCAUAGCAGUGAUCUGCCGCGCCCUACUGGAAGAGAAGUCACCGGCGCAGCUUGUGAAGAGAGACGUUGACGAGGUGAUAGAAUGGGGUGAUAGGUUUUACAAGCGCUGUAUGGUGGCACUUAAGUGCUAUAAAGGCAAACCCCAACUACAAUUGAAUCAGUUACUCACAUCGUUUUACCUUUACGACAAGAAAUAUACCGUCAAAAUGACAGAGGCGAUGUCAGGAUUGUUGGCGAAACAUCCUGAUAAUAUACAGGCUCAGUCCGACCUCUUGGCAUUAAUGGAAAAACUAAAUGGCAGUACAUACAUGAUGAUUUUGAGUAUUGACGGUGAAAGGCAUUUCCUAAUCUGGGGUCAUCCCCCGCCACCGGAGGCGAAUAGCACUGUUAAAACUAUUUGUUACAUAUUCGAUCCGCACAUGCUUAAUGAAUUGGGUCAGCCGAAUACUCUAUAUGGUGCUGGGGCGUUCAUUCGCUACGCUGGUAUCACAUCCUUCGUAUUAGACUUUCUUGCCAACUACGGAGAUCUCAGUGCAGCUAAAAGGGGAACUCCAAAACCACCGAUUACUUUAACUAAUAUUGAGGUUGUACAAAUUGAACCUCUGACCCGUGAACCUAAGUAUGAAUUGGAUUUGAAAGCUUUAAAAACCCACUGUCAAAGCGAAUGGGAAAGUAUUCAUAUGAAUGUGCUCAUAGAGAAAAAAUUGACAGAGGGACAAUAUCCUCUGGUUUCGUUGAGUGCGGUCAGCUUAGCGACCUCUAGAGCAACGUCUAGGAAGAAAGUUCGAGAAUUUUAUCAGAAAGUUCCAAAAGAGCCUCCUCCAACUCUGCCUGUACCUCCCGAGAAACCCCCUCCAGCUCCCACUCAGGAACAAAUAAUGUCGCUGCGCGGUGAAGACUUCUUUCUCUACAGUCCACAUACAGACGCACAUACUUAUGGAAGAGAUGACAUAAUCCCUCUACCCAAGUCGGAGACGAUUCUGCACAGUCCGGUGGAGAUCGCCGACCAGAACUUCCACUCACAGUUCCAACAGAUGGAUGUCGAGAAGUGGAUCUUGCAUGCAACACGACACAUGGCCAGUUAUAGAUAUCAGACAUUUAAAACAUUUACAAGCAUCGCGUGUUGUGUGGCCGCACUCGCCAUGUUGCGACGACUGCGCGCGAGAGCCUGGAACGAUGAUAUCCUAGAUGAAACACUGGAUUUGGGCUACAAUAUUUAUAGGGAAUCACUUUUGGAAAGAGGUGGACCGAUUAGACGUCUUGUUCUCGGGGAAAUAAAAGAAACCUUCAGAAUACGAGACCAUGAGUACAAGCAUAAGGAACGUGGUAUAGCCGUAUGGGGUAAGAUACUGUCAUCGGACCCGAAAGUCUUCGACUUGUGUCGAGGUAUCGAGGCUUUCUUCAAGGAAUCGGACGCCGGCGUUUUGCAGAUCCCCGGAGAGUACGAAGUGGCUAUUUGGAAUGAGGGUGGUCGCUACUACAUCUACCAUCCUUGGCCAGCGGACAGAUAUGGUUAUAGGGUCGGUUUACAAGAUGGUGGUAAGGCGUGUCUUCUAUACUUCACGCGGAUAUCGCGACUGUGCGAGCACUUGCUGGACUGCACGAAUGACAUGAAGCGCAAGCCGUUCAGCAUUUCUGACGUGACCGUGCAGGAGCUGGGCGAGAUGCCGGAACCAGUCAACAAACUAAAACCCGUCGCGCCCAACCGUUGGGUAGUACGCGGUCGCUUCCACGAGGCAGACGAGAGAUUCCCCGAGGAGCACCGCGGCCGCCAAGCCACGCCGGCCUCCAUCGCGGCCAUAGCAUUAGCCCACAUCGUAGACCCCUCAGAAUGGACCGCUGAUCAAAUCGACGAGUCUUUAACACGCGGUGACAUACUUUACCAAAAUACAAUGGAGAAUCUUGAACGAAUGGGUAUAAGCUUGGAUACAACCACCAAGACCGACGAAGCCGAGAAUGUUGAAGAAGAAGAGGAAGGGGGUUCGCCAGGCGGGACUCUCGCUGCUGCGGACGUGCUGGACAAGUUCCGAAUAUCUGACUACGAUUGUAUCGAAACUGAUAUAUUGGAUAGCGCUUAUACCGGUGAAUUAAGCCCCAAAUCGAACGAGGUGAUGUCGCUGAAGCAAUCGCUGCGCCAAUUGUUCCGUGAACACUCGCACGCCGUGGUGACCGCGCGCGGCGCAUCUAACGCUGUAUGGAAGCACGACGACCACUACUAUCUCUUCGAUCCUCACGCCUGCGAUGAGAACGGAUAUCCAUCGGAUGAUGCUCGUGCGGCUGCGUGCCUGGUGAGAGUGAAAGGCGGGCCGGAUGCGCUCGCUGACGUCAUCCUCGGCAACCUGCCCCCGGGCUCCGAUGACAGCUUCAACUUGUCACCAGUCGCCAUAACUGCGACCAGACUGAAUGAGGUCAUUGGCGCACCGGAGACUAAACUUGAGAGCAAAGCUUUCCAGUGGAUCACAAAGGGAACAGCUGCUAUAAUGAUGGGACCACGAGGCGAGAACUCUGCCAUCGGGAAGGCUGCGGAAAGAGCUGGUGUUGGGGAGGACGAUAUGGCCGGUCGCACCAUAGCUUUGCCUGCUGCAGCUGCGUUCACUGCUGCUACUGCGUCCGUUCCCCCACCGCACAUGCAUCAAGACCACAUGUACAAUUUCCUAGAUGCCGGUGCUGAAUAUUACUUAAACCACGUAAAGAAGACUGGUCGCAAAGAUGUAACUCCUGAAGAUUUGACAGAGAAAUUCGAAAUGGGUGCCAACACAUUUUCCAUCGAGUUGGAGGAACCUGUCACACUACCAUUGCGUCUUCCAGAUGAACCUCAAGGGGAGGGUGGCGAAGAAGAGGCUGAAAACGAUGAACUCGGUGAAAAUGCGGAAGAAGAAGAAAUCAAAGAGAAACCAAUGAAACAAAUUAAAGACGCGCUGUUCAGGAUGUGGGAGGAUCCAACUAAACCUAACUACGUGUGCCUAUUGGUGGGUGAUUACCAUCAGUUGGGUGUCUGGCUGACUCCGGGCGGGAAGGUGGUGGCCUUCGACCCUGCACCCACUUUAACGAAAGGCUUGCUAACACCCCAGAGAAUUAAGAAGGGUGAUGAGCUACGUUUACAAAGAAUAAAAGACGAGAUGGCCGGUGAAGGCGCUGAGGAAGCCGAGGAUGAGGAAGCCGAAGGAGAAGGUGAAGAAAAACCCGAGCCGGAGCCAGAAUAUGUCCCUCCAGAGUCAACACCCGCCCUUAUGGUGUUCGCUAGUCCUGGAGAGUUCUUGGAUAAAAUGACGCUUCAAGGUGGGCUGGAUAGGAAGCAAUGUUUAGCGCCGUACAAGCUGUAUAAAGUUAAGAUCAUAAACGAACUGACAUCGGUGUUGAAGGAGCGGAAACCGAAGCCAGAGAAAACUGCUGGAGGCGAUGAAGGAGGAGAUGAAGAUGAAGAAGACGAAGAUGCUCUAAUAGAGCCACUGGAGGACUCGGUGAUGGGCAAAUACUUUACACGCAUCAGUCGCGCGGUUGCGUCUUUACGAGGACGGGUCGCCCAGAACGAGAACUACUUCAUGGAUCAGCCGAACAGAGACAAUCAGGACGCAGCGAAUGCCGUAAUGGGUAUCGUAGUGGAACACAUAGAGCCAUACAUUCACUGGAAGAUGUCGUUGGUGGACGCCAUACUGAAGUAUGGUGACCGGCUGUACACUACGUCUCUGCCACGUGCCGCCAACCCGCCGCGCCUCACGCCGGAGGAAGUGCAGCCGCAGUUCCACGUCACCAACUUUAAUGUGAAACUCGAGGUCGAGGGAGACGCGGUGCAGGGAGACAUAAAAGCUGGUAACAGUGGAGCUGUAUUGAACUUAAGAAGAGGGCUUAAGACGUUCUUUGAAUCUAAUAAUUAUGGCGUAGUUUGCGCUAAAGGAUACUGUGUUGGAGUAUGGAAGUCUUCAGAAGGCAACGGAUACUGCCUGUGGGAACCACACGCAGUAGGUCCCACAGGUCGAUUUUCACCCGGCGGGGCGUCAGCACUUGUCCUCUUUGCCACUAUUGAUCAACUAGCAGAGACUAUUAAUAAUAAUAUUGAAACACUUAUGCGGCCGGGAAGUAACAAAUACAGCAUAUCAUCAGUGAAGGUGUUCUGGGAGUACUCAAAACGUCCGAGCGCAGUCAGCCCACAGGGCGCGGUGCCAGACGAGGGCUAUGAGUGGAAGGUGCUCACGGCCUACGUGGAGACAGCGCGCGGCCGCACUAUACUGCGGGGCACCAGGCCGCCUGAUCUCGUCAAGUUUACACGAGACGCACUGCUGCAGUCUGCGUGCGGGGCGAUCGCGGGCGCGUGCAUGUCGCACGUGCGACGCCCGCCGCUGUGGACACGCCGCACUGUCGAUGACGUCAUGGCGGUGGGGGGCAAGCUGCUUGCCGCAUCCCUCUCUACCCUGGGUUAUGAGUUCAGACCUGGGGAAGACGUGCUGCUUCCUCUGCAGGUGUUGAAACGUUUCAUAUUGGGCGUGAACUACGUCAGAUACGACUUGCAGUCGGCGUACUCUGGCAAACUUGAGCAGAGAGAGCCUACGGAGAUGACUGUCAGAUGUGCGCUGGAGCGUUUCUUCGAGGACCACUCAACGGGCAUCCUGUGGUCGAUGCCGCACGCGGUGGCGGUGUGGCGCUACCCCGGCGCGCCGCCGUUCUAUAUGUUCGAGCCCCACGCUUGUGGCGCUACGGGUCUCCGGGCAGAUGCACAGGACGACGGUGCAGCUUGCGUAUUGACUUUCACGUCACCGAAGUUGAUGGCGUUUGCAUAUCUCCAGAACGUGCCACCAGGAGAACGUCUGAAGCACGACUUCCAGCUCUACGCGAUGUCGGUGACGGUGCAGCCCAUUAGGAAGUUUGGCGGAGUCGAUCCGCCGCUGGUGCGCGCGCCUCCUGGCGUCACUCUUAUACCAGCUACUAGCAAGGUGAACGUCGACGGUAGCCAGCGCCGUGCUGCUGAACAAGACCGCAAGCAUCCGCCGGGCAGCGCGACCUGUCUCGAUGCACAACGCGCCACUGAGAAUAGAGACAAGGAGGAUGCCAGGCUGAAAGGACAACGCAAUUCCAACGGAUGGCUGGUGCUGAAUGACGGCACACAGUUCUUGUCAGCUCAGCACUCGAUGGCUUGUCGAAGAUUCUCCGCAGCGUCUAGAGGCAAACAGGCUCUGGCUUGUUCUGUAAUGGCGGUGGCUAUGUCUCGCGUGGAGGACGUGUGCCGCUGGUGCGCCGCCACGCUGGACCGUGUAUUGGACAGCGGAGACCAGCUCUACCAGGACAGCUACCUUCAUUACCGCCCUGCACAGCCCUUCCUUAGAAUCCAACAGAUCCUACGUAAAUUCUAUACUCCGGGUAACUGUGUGUGCCGCGUGGUGGUGUACAAGGCGCGACAAACUGGCUUCGUCGACGAGGACCUGGAGACUCAGGUGACUGAGUUUUUCCGUGAAGAACGUUCUGGAGUAUUUGUGGCUGGCAAUGGUGAAUUUGCUGUAGCGCUAUUCAGAACACCGCGUGGUUACUACAUGUUCGACCCGGCGGACCGCGACCGCUAUGGGCGAGCUGUGGCACCGCCCUGCAUCGGCCGCGCCCGCGCCUGCUUCUCACAGUACCCCAAUGUUCGAACUUUAGCAGACAAGCUCCGUGCUAACAUACCGCCUAAUGUGAUCGAACCAGAAAAGGUCCCGUCCGAAGACUUGGACGAUGCGAAGAAACCUGAUGCGAAUGAAGGAGGUGCAGAUAAGAAUGCGGAUAACCUGUCUCCUGCCAAGUCAGAGGUUCGGUUCAAGGAAUCUCAACCGUUUGCAAUCUAUGGUAUGGAUGUAACAAGUUUAAGGAGAAUAAACAAGUAUGAAAAAUAGAAAAAAAUAUUGGUCUAUGAAAUAUCGAUUCAAUUUCAUCGAGUACUUUUCCUUUUGUCUUUUCUGUUGUGUAUUUGUACAUCGAUAUCUACAAAUUUGAAAUUAUCUAACGCUGAUUUUCAAAUCGAUAAGUUUAUUGUAAAAUAGAAAGUCGACAAUAUAUUGUAAAUUGUUUGUAAAUAUUUGAACACGUUAUAGUGAUUUGGUCCAAAAAAUUAUGAUGUGAAAUAACAAAACGAGGAAGUUUUACAAUAAAAAUUAAUUAAAAACUA